GCGGGCUCGGGGCAGUGGCUGGCGCUGAGGAGGCUCCGGGCCCGCUCCCGCCCCGCCCCGGCGCGGCCCGGCCCGGCCGGCACUCGGCGCCCGCCAUGGCGAGGCUGGGCCCGGCCGCGGAGUCGCGGCCGCUGCUGGUGAAAAUCGUGAUGGCCGGAGAGUCCUGCGUGGGGAAGACCUCCAUCGUGCGCAGGUACACGGAGCCCGGCUCGCCUCCCGCCGGCUCUCCCGCCACUUCGUACAUGGCCACGAUCGGCAUUGAUUUUAAAGUAAAACCAGUAAUGUUUAAUGAUACAAGAGUGAAACUUCAAAUAUGGGAUACUGCUGGCCAGGAACGGUUCCAUACACUUAGUACCAGCUAUUUCCGUGGUGCACAAGGCUUUGUUCUCGUUUACGACAUCACAAAUCUGAAGAGUUUUCAAAGUAUAACAAUCUGGAUAAAUGACAUAUAUGAGAAAGCAGGUGAUGAAGUGGACGUAAUACUGUUGGGCAACAAGUGUGAUAAGGAGUCAGAACGGGUAGUUCCAAAACAGACAGGAGAAAAGCUUGCUUGGGAAUACGGAAUGCCUUUUUUUGAGACCAGUGCCAAAGAAAACGUGAACAUUGAGCAUGCAUUCUCAGUCUUGACUAAGGAAAUCCUGGAAAAGAAAUCCGGUGUAUUACAUGACUUAGACGUUGUGUCUGUAAAUGAAACUAAGAAGAGAACCUGCUGUGGAUUCUAAAGUACUGUUUUUUAUUCCAUUUUCUCUUCAGGAAAUAUCAAGUGUUACAAAGGAACAUAAAAGAUUUUAAAAAUGAGCCCGUAAUCCAAAAAUACAGUGUUUAAGCAUUACACAGACAUUGUUGCCAAAUUUUUUUAUAUGUUUAUAUUAUAUUUUCAUAUUUUUAAUGUGAAGAUAAAACAGUUAUCUGAUUUAGGAAUUGUUAGGUGCUUCACAGGGCGACAGUGCUUGAAUGUAAAUGUUUGCAGAAAUGAAGUCUAAGUGUACUAAUUUUCUGUUAUUAAAAAAGCACCCUUCACUUUU